GCUGCCUUCACUUCUCUCUCUCUCUCUCUCGUUUAUUUCAUUUCUAGGUCAGAAAGAGAACACAACACAUCAAUGGGGGUUCAAGUUCUUCUCCUCAAAAUUACAGGUCCAGAUUGGGUUUAAUCGGAAGUUAUUGAGACCAUGAAAACAAAAUGGAAAUUGUUGUUAUUGGGAAUUGAAUGGAGAGGUUAGAAGUGGUUAAAUCGAAUGAAAGAUGGAAAAUGAAAUCAAUUAGAUGGGUGUUACUCGAAUCCGUGUGAUGGGUCUGUAUUAGGUCUAUUUGCUGGUGGUGGAAUUUGUAUGUGGAUGUGAAAAGACAACAUCAAGUUCAAUAUGCUCAACAGUAUGGAACCAAUGGAAUUAUGGGUUUUGUUCUUGCUGUCCAAAUGGGAUCUAAACAGGGAUUGUUCUUGAGAGAAGAAAGACUUGAUUAAUUGGGUUUGUGUCGAAAUUAUACUGUGAAUCUCUCGAUACUUCAUUGGGAAGUAAUUGGCAGAAGGGAAGAUGGAGUUGUUAAUAUGGUCUGAAAAUUGGAUGUUGAGGUCGAGAUUUGGGGCUAAUCUGAGCUGACUGCAAUCGAGAUUGAGAAGGGGUUUUAACCUAAAGUUGGUUGAAUCAAUGGCGUUAAUAGUGGAAACAAUUGUUACAGUGAUGGAUUGAAUCUGUUGGAGUCGCAGGGCAGUGAAGAGUACAGAUUUUGGGGGGUUCUUAAUUUGAUAUGAACUGAAUUUGUAGAUGACAGCAGCAACAUCAGUUGAAUUUGGGGGUUUCGACACCGAUUGAUACGGUUGAUAAACAACAUCAGCGGCAUCAGGUACGAGAUGCGUUUCGACCUAACUUUGUUGCUGGUUAAUGGCAGCUUUAUGGGAAGUAUUUCAGGCAGUAAAUGGAGAUGGUUGAGACUUGUAUCAACCUGUGAUUUGAAUUCCCAGCGGAGGUGAUGACUUGGAGGCUGUUGUGGUUGAAUGGAAUUACAGAUGGAUUUUGGGAGCUUGGCAUUUCGUUGUUACACAGUGACUAGGAGGUGAAUGGAGAUGGAUUAUGUGUUGAUGCUGAUGUUGUGGUUGUAUUUAUGAUUGGUGGACAGAAGAUGAAGAUGGGUGUGUGGUCAGUCUGGAAGAAGGUGUUGUUGGUUAGUCGGAUGGGAGUUGAGCUGCUGCUGCUGCCGGUGAACCAAGGCAUUCUAGCUGGUCAGGGACGAAUUGGUUGGUGGUCAGACUUUGAGAAGGGCCAGGAUUAGGAAUGGGUAUUUGCAUUUGGACUGGGCUCUGGUGGUGCUUGUACCAGUCAGAAGGAGAGAAUUGGGAUGCAUACAAAUAUCCGAUGAGAUGGACUUCUGAGGAUAUGCCGCACUCAGGGAAGACACUAGGGUUUGAGCAUUUCUACUCGCUUUUCAUUUACUUUAUCAUUUCUAUGGCUUUUAAGAAAGCUAUGUCUGGCUAAACUCUACAUUUGGGUGAAGGAUGAACUUGUAGGUCAUAUUAUUUAUGUUCUUAAACAAUGGUUUCGAAAAUAAAAGCAUAACUUCAUGUUUGUGUUUCUCUUAUUUGGGUUGAUUGUUUUAUGAGUUUCUCAUGUCUUAUGCCUUGUAUACUACAUUGUUGAAUUCAAAAACAUUAGUCCAUCCAUAACUUUGGUGAUAUUUGAUCUACGAUAAUUCUAUGACUAUCUAUGCCUUGUAUGAUUAGUAGUUAGGGUGUCUAUCUUUUAGGUUGAGAACAAACAUAAUCUUUGAUAAUUCUUCGAUAAAGCUUAAACGCCACAUCUUCCAUGUAUUAGCUAGGUUUGCUAUUAUACAUGAGUUAAAAGAGACUUUUGUGAUAGAAUAUGAGUGAAGCCUUGGCCUACAACGGAUUCCGUAACCCUAAUAUUUCCCCAUCCUUGAUUUACAAUCUUUAUAAAUUUGCUCUAUCGACUUGUUAACUUAUUUUCUUGGUACAACAAUCUCUGAAUAUUGAAUUGAUUGGUUAGUUCUUAAUAUUGAUUAGUAGUAGUUUUCGCACUCCUUGAGGGAGCGAACCGUGCUUGCUAUCGUGUGCUAUUUUUGACACCGUGCACUUGCGGUAAAACAAAGUCGGUCUACCGACGCAUCAAGUUUUUGGCGCCGCUGCAGGGGAGUGGCUGUAAAAUACUCUCUGAUUGAUAUCAUCAAUUUUCUAGUCAUAGUUUUUGUACAUAGUGUAUUUUUGUUUUUAUUUUCUUUUAGUUCCUUUUAAGCAGUUUUUCUGAUUUUGUUUAGGUACCUUAGUGAGUUUGAAUCUCUCGAAAAACGGCAGAAAAGCUCGCUGAGAUUUUGCAAGGUGAGUUUGUACAAACUUCUGCAUCUUGUUUGCAUAUGCAGUAUCUACUAAGUGGUUAGGAUAGAGAACAGUUUGAUCGUCUUGUUAGAGUUAACCCUUUAUACAUGACGGAAACAGAUGAUGAGGGUACGAACCCUCCACCUAAAAGUUUGAGAGAUUAUAUGUUCCCAACUAGAGUAUCUCAACUUUCUUCUAUUGUUUUGCCUACCACCACAACAACUUUUGAGAUUAGAACAAGCACCAUUCAAUCACUUCCUAAAUUCUUUGGUAAGGAGAAUGAAAAUCCUUACUACCACAUUAGAGAGUUUGAAGAAUUGUGCGGUACAAUGAAAUUCAAGGAUUUAGCUGAUAAGUAUCUCAAACUUAGGUUGUUCCCUUUUUCCUUGAAGGAUAAGGCAAAAUCAUGGUUAAAUGCAUUAGCUCCUUCAUCAAUUCAUACUUGGAAUGACAUAAUUAAUCUAUUCUUGUAUAAAUUCUUUCCGAGGCAUAAAACUAUUGCCAUUCGUGGAAAGUUGAAUAGUUUUUCUCAGCAAGAAGGAGAAUCUCUUUAUGAUUACAUAGAGAGGUUCCAUGAUCUCUUGCUACAAUGUCCACACCAUGGAUUUGAUACUCCUAGGCUCACAUUGAUCCUUUAUGAGGGAUUAGAUUUCAAAACUCUGAAUAUGGUAGAAUCAUUUUAUGGUGGUAAUUUUCCUGAUAAGACUGCCGAAGAAGGUUAUAAAUUUUUGCAUGAAAUGGCAGGAAAAACACAAGAAUGGGAGGUUAGAGAACCCAUAAGAUCAAUGACUAGUAGCACAGGGGUUCACAGAGUUGACAGUGAAUUGGACUCUGAGGAAAAGUUUGCUGAUAUUUUACGAAGAGUUGAGUCUUUAGAAAGAAAUGCUGAAAUUAAGCAUGUUGAGUCUAUUACGCAUACAUCUUCUAUUACUAAUGAUUUUGCUGACCAAAAAUUUUCUAGUUUGGAAGAAAGUAUGAAUUUGUUUAUGCAGGCUACUCAAAGAUUUAUGGCGACCUUAGAGCAACAACUAGAUCAUAUCACUAGCCAGUUGAAUGAGCGAGACAAGGAUCAGUUCCCGAGUCAAAUACAGCUCAACCCCAAGGAUUCUGUUGAGGUAAGCACAUCUGGUGCUAAGCCUACUCAUCAUGUCCAAGUCUUCUCUACCCUAAGAAGUGGACAGGUUGUGGAUAACCAUGUUCGUGAUGCUUAGGAGAAUGUGCAAGAUAGGAACCUGCCUACUAUUACACAGGUGACUCCUUCAACACAAAAAGAAACCGAUGAAACCGAAAAAGUGUUUGCAGGUUCAUAGUUGCAGCUGAACUUGUGUGUUGGGUUGAUCCCCAGCUUUUCAGGCUUUACAUAUAUGCUGGCAGGUUGCUGUUAUGCAUCAUUAUUCACUUCGGUUGAGAUUAUUUGUUGUGCGCAAGCUGGGAAACAAAUAUCAUUUGCUUCAUGGGAGUCAACCCAUUAGAUUUGUUUCCUUUACUCUUAUCUUUUAUUUAUUUGCCUAUUGCAUAUUAGGAAUUUUUCCACCUUGAAUUUUACUUUGAAUGACUCAAUUUACAUUGAGGACAAUGGAAAUAUUUAAGUGUGGGGGAGUGGUUGAGUAUACAAAUUUGUGCUAGGUAUUCACAUUCAUUAAAAAAAAAACAGCAAAACAAUUUUAUUUAUUUUUAUGAUAUGACCAGCUGUUGAGCGGGUCUUAAAUUUUUUUUCUUUUGCACGACAUGACCAGCUGUAGAGCGGGUCAAUCUGAUUAUCCGUCUUGCUGUUUAGCGGACAUUUCUUUUUCACUGUUUAGUGGAUUCGUCUAGUUGUUUAGCAGACAUUUCUCUUCCACUAUUUAGUGGUUCCGUAUAGCUGUUUAGCAGACGUCUCUCCAUAUCCAGCUGUGUAGCGGAUAUAAUUUUUCUUAUUUUGCUCGGGACUAGCAAAAUGUAAGUGUGGGGGAGUUUGAUAAGCACGUAAAUGCGACAUUUUUAUACCCACAUUUAUACUAGCUAGGUCUCGAUAUUUAGCUGAUAACAUUGUUUUAAGCCUUUUACAGGAAUUACAAGUGGAAUCCGUUCAUCCAGAGAAUAAAAGGCUAAAUGGAGCUUAAUUAGCGUUUGCGACAAAAUGGCCAGUUCACUACUCAAGGAACCACAUGGAUACAUUUCUUCACGGCCAGAGCAUAGGAAAUGCCCACUCGUGGGUAAACAAGGAAGUGAGACGUGGCUUUAUUACAACCACAAGUAUUUAGUGGAGAGUAUACGGGUCCUCUCUAUCUCAGGAAGGGAAAAGAAAUUCUCAUUCCCUAACCAAGCGGCUGCCUUCACUUCUCUCUCUCUCGUUUAUUUCAUUUCUAGGUCAGAAAGAGAACACAACACAUCAAUGAGGGUUCAAGUUCUUCUCCUCAAAAUUAUAGGUCCAGAUUGGGUUUAAUCGAAAGUUAUUGAGACCAUGAAGACAAAAUGGAAAUUGUUGUUAUUGGGAAUUGAAUGGAGAGGUUAGAAGUGGUUAAAUCGAAUGAAAGAUAGAAAAUGAAAUCAAUUAGAUGCGUGUUAGUCGAAUCCGUGUGAUGGGUCUGUAUUAGGUCUAUUUGCUAGUGGUGGAAUUUGUAUGUGGAUGUGAAGAGAGAACAUCAAGUUCAAUAUGCUCAACAGUAUGGAACCAAUGGAAUUAUGUGUUUUGUUCUUGCUGUCCAAAUGGGAUCUAAACAGGGAUUGUUCUUGAGAGAAGAAAGACUUGAUUAAUUGGGUUUGUGUCGAAAUUAUACUGUGAAUCUCUCGACACUUUAUUGGGAAGUAAUUGGCAGAAGGGAAGAUGGAGUUGUUAAUAUGGUCUGAAAAUUGGAUGUUGAGGUCGAGAUUUGGGGCUAAUCUGAGCUGACUGCAAUCGAGAUUGAGAAGGGGUUUUAACCUAAAGUUGGUUGAAUCAAUGGCGUUAAUAGUGGAAACAAUUGUUACAGUGAUGGAUUGAAUCUGUUGGAGUCGCAGGGCAGUGAAGAGUACAGAUUUUGGGGGGUUCUUAAUUUGAUAUGAACUGAAUUUGUAGAUGACAGUGGCAACAUCAGCUGAAUUUGGGGGUUUCGACACCUAUUGAUACGGUUGAUAAACAGCAUCAGCGGCAUCAGGUACGAGAUGCGUUUCGACCUAACUUUGUUGCUGGUUAAUGGCAGCUGUAUGGGAAGUAUUUCAGGCAGUAAAUGGAGAUGGUUGAGACUUGUAGUGGAGGUGAUGACUUGGAGGCUGCUGUGGUUGAAUGGAAUUACAGAUGGAUUUUGGGAGCUUGGCAUUUCGUUGGUACACAGUGACUAGGAGGUAAUUGGAGAUGGAUUAUGUGUUGAUGCUGAUGUUGUGGUUGUAUUUAUGAUUGGUGGACAGAAGAUGAAGAUGGGUGUGUGGUCAGUCUGGAAGAAGGUGUUGUUGGUUAGUCGGAUGGGAGUUGAGCUGCUGCUGCUGCCGGUGAACCAAGGCAUUCUAGCUGGUCAGGGACGAAUUGGUUGGUGGUCAGACUUUGAGAAGGGCCAGGAUUAGGAAUGGGUAUUUGCAUUUGGACUGGGCUCUGGUGGUGCUUGUACCAGUCAGAAGGAGAGAAUUGGGAUGCAUACAAAUAUCCGGUGAGAUGGACUUCUGAGGAUAUGCCGCACUCAGGGAAGAAACUAGGGUUUGAGCAUUUCUACUCGCUUUUCAUUUACUUUAUCAUUUCUAUGGAUUCUAAGAAAGCUAUGUCUAGCUAAACUCUACAUUAGGGUGAAGGAUGAACUUGUAGGUCAUAUUAUUUAUGUUCUUAAACAAUGGUUUCGAAAAUAAAAGCAUAACUUCAUGUUUGUGUUUCUCUUAUUUGGGUUGAUUGUUUUAUGAGUUUCUCA